GGCUGUUCCUUCGGGCCUUUUACUUCUUGCUUUCUUUCUCUUUUUCCUCUGUUUUUGUUCUUCUUCAGGAUGCUCUAGUCUCCGUCAAAGUUGAUAUCGAGGAGCGUAAGACACCAAGAAAGAUGGGGCACCAACCGCAGAAAUCCGAGGCGGAGAUGAGGCUUUUCUCUUCGCCGCCAUCACCUUCGUCUCGUAAAGGUUUGCCUGACAUUGUUGCACAGAGUGAACGAGAUGAGAGGGGGAUGUCAAGUGGAAGAAGAGAUCACGGGCAGGCCAAGCUUUGCGUCAGAGGCCAUUGGAAACCAUCAGAGGAUGCCAAGCUUAUGGAUCUUGUCGCUCGAUACGGCCCCCAAAACUGGAACUUUAUUGCCGACAAGCUAAAUGGAAGAUCAGGAAAGAGCUGCCGGCUAAGGUGGUUCAACCAACUGGAUCCAAAAAUCAACAAGACAGCCUUCAGUGAGGAAGAAGAGGAGAAGCUUGUCGCCUCCCACAGGAUUUACGGGAACAAAUGGGCGCUUAUGGCGAGGCUUUUCCCUGGGAGGACAGACAAUGCCGUCAAGAACCAGUGGCAUGUGCUCAUGGCCAGGAAAGAGAGGGAGCAAGGCAGCGGCUGUAGGAGGAGGAAGGCGUUGCCGCAGAGAACGGAGGUGAGCAGAGGGCAUAACAAUGCGUGGAGUGGCGAGUCCUCCAUCACCAGCUCCAGAGAUGAGUCUUCCUCGACUUGCACUGGUAGCAGGGCCAUGCCCUGUUUCUUGAAGGACUUUGGAAUGGCACAGCAGCAACAGCCAUUGCAGCUCUGCUUUGGAAGCGGAUACAGUUUCGGGAAUGAAACUUCUGAAGGAUCAGCAGUCGACCAUUGCAGCAAUGGCUUCCUGCCAAGUGAAACUGAUGGUGAUCGAAAGAAGAAGUGCAUUCCCUUCAUCGAUUUCAUGGGUGUUGGAGUUUAGCUUUUCUUCAAGGAAUGAAUUCAACAAGUCUGCUUCAUGCACAGAGUCACUAAAAAUAAUUAAGAGAGUAAAAAGUGGGAACAAGCACAAGAAGAACAAGAAGAAGAAGUGAUCACUGCUUCUGCUUUCUUUUACUGCAUGUUUGAUUUAGAUCAUUCUUUUUAUGAUUCCAAUCUAAAUCUAAAUUACAUAGUAAAAAAAUGAUUGGAAUCA